AUGGGAUUCCUCGGGGUGUAUCGGGCCCUCUACGACUACCAGCCGCAAUCCGAAGGCGAGCUUACCAUUAGCGAAGGAGAUUUGCUCUACAUUAUCGAAAAAAACGACGACGACGGCUGGUGGAAGGCAAAAAAGAAAGCCGGCGCAGACGAUGAAGAUGAACCUACAGGACUUGUUCCUCACAACUAUGUUGAGACUGCCCCUUCGCUGUCCCAAGCCCGCGCCAUCUAUGAGUAUACUCGUCAAACCGACGAAGAGCUAUCUUUUCACGAAGAUGCUGUUCUCGAUGUGUUCGAUACGUCUGACCCGGACUGGAUACUUGUCGGACUUGACAAUGAGUUCGGAUUCGUCCCAGCGAAUUAUAUAAACAUGGAAUCUGGAGACGUUUCAGAUCAUGCAGCCUCUCAAGUGCCACCUCCGGCAUUACCGACACGUCCUCGCUCCGCCGCAAGGGACCUAAAUGCCGUAGAAGACACCGCGCCACCGGCUCCCCAACCCGCAGGUCCGGCGUCUACACUGGCCGGCGUUUUGCAGGGGCGUUCUACGGCGGCGAAGCCUGCAGCCCCGCCUGCUCAUCCCACGCGCGAACUUUCAUCACCAUCGGAUGAGGAAUUUGUCAAGUCACCAGCCUUGCCUUCCCGUCCAAGGCCGAUACAGUCCACACACACACGAAGCAACUCGGAUGAUUACGGCAUGCCCGAUCUCAACGAACGGUCCGAUGUACCACAACCUCAGAGAACCCCUGGCGGGUUCCACAUGUACAAUAUCAGCGAGAUGGUGUCCGUCAUGGGCAAGAGGAAGAAGAUGCCGACUACUUUGGGAAUUAACUUAGGGACCGGCAUACUUCUCAUUGCCCCGGAGAGAGCACAGGAUGCCCCUCCCCAGGAAUGGAGCGCCGACAAAAUGACGCACUACUCUCGCGAAGGAAAGCACGUAUUCAUGGAAUUAGUUCGCCCCAGCAAGAGCAUCGACUUCCAUGCUGGUGCCAAGGAUACCGCAGAAGAAAUCGUCUUGGCACUAGGGGAAAUGGCGGGUGCUGUGCGAGCUGAAGGUCUAAAAGAAGUCAUCAUGGCUGGAACACAACGCUAUCAGCGAAAAGGAAAAGUCCUGUAUGAUUUCAUGGCCCAGGGCCAGGAUGAAGUUACUGUUGCAGCUGGCGAUGAAGUCAUCAUUCUAGACGACUCCAAGAGUGAUGAGUGGUGGCAGUUACGUCGGCUGAAAAAUGGCAAGGAAGGAGUUGUUCCCAGCAGCUACAUUGAAAUCAUCGGCGCCGUCACACCUCCGCCCAAUGAAGCUGGUACUCGCAGCGGCAUGUCGCCGGUUGAACAAAACCGUUUGGAAGAGAUGAGACUCACUAAAGAGGCUCUGAGGGCUAGCAAGGAGCCACAGCAGCGUAAUCGUCGCGAGAAUGGGCGUGGCGAAAAUGGCAAUUCCGGUUCCAAAAGCAAAUCAAAACCGGAUACAAGCAAAGUCCGCACUUGGACGGAUCGUUCCAAGUCUUUUAGUGUGGAGGCUCAGUUUCUUGGCCUACGAGACGGGAAGAUCCAUUUGCAUAAAAUGAACGGUGUUAAGAUUGCUGUUCCCAUAGCAAAAAUGUCGCGAGAAGACCUGGAGUACGUCGAGAACCUGACUGGAAUUUCGCUAGAAGAUGACAAACCUCUUGCCGAUGUGCGACGCUCCAAAUCAAUGAACCGGCCAAGCGAGCCUUCUGGCGCCAAAAUUGAAAGGAAGAAGAAACCCGAAUAUGACUGGUUCCAAUUCUUCCUCUCUUGCGAUGUCCCAGUGGGACUGUGCGAACGUUAUGCACAAGCAUUUAUUCGAGACUCCAUGGAUGAAAGCGUGCUUCCCGACGUCAACGCCGUUAUUUUGAGAACACUUGGUAUUCGAGAAGGCGACAUUAUCAAGGUCAUGCGCACCUUGGAUACAAAAUUCGGACGGGAACGGAAUGUGGAGGGUGACGGAAACGCAGGAGGAUUAUUUUCAGGGCCAGGAGGCGCUCUCCGCAACAAUACUCGGAAGGGCCGUCCUGCACCCGCUGUUCAGACGAAUGAUGUUGUCGAUGCAGCGGCUCUUUCCAAGAAUCCGGAAGAUGGUACUGCGGUCAAAUCCGAUAGCAGUCCUGUCAUAUCAGAAAAGCGGGCAUCUUCGGGUGGCUUCGAGGAUGACGCCUGGGAGGUGAAACCCAGCAAACAAUCACAGACCUCGGGAGAGCCCAAGGCUGCUGAGCCUGCACUUUCUCCGACGCCCGUCGUGCCAGCACUCACAGGUUCUCUGAAAGACCUGUCCAUGCUCAGCGCACCUUUGGAGCCGACGAAAGCUGAGCCUGUGAACCGGCUAGAGUCUACAACUUCGGCAGUCUCUGCCUCAACUGUAUCACAAACUCAGCCGCUACCGGGAGCAAGCCCCUCGUUUUUCUCCUCCGCAUCAGGUUCGCAAACGGGAGGUCCUGUCUCACCUAAGUCACUUGCGCGGCAACGACCAAUACCAACGAUACCGACUGGACAAGGUUCUCUCCCGCCCCCUCCGACACAGCGUCCCGUAUCUGCUCCCCAGCAACAGAGUGCGUUCGCAACACCAGCUUUAUCAGCGCAAAUGACCGGUCUUGUCCAGGGACAAGUCGCUCCAUCAGGGCAGAGUCUCAAUGAUAUCACACAGGCUCGCCUUCAGCAACAACAGUACGCAGCCCAAAUGCAGCAGAUGCAGGCGCUGCAGCCUACCAUGACUGGCUAUGGUGGCCUGCAAACCCAGCCUCCUAUGGCGCCGUUUCAGACAGGUGCACAAUACAUGCAAGCAAUGUACACAGGAAUUCCAACGCAAAGUCCGUUUCAAGAUCCGGGCGUGCCUAGCCAGUUCUCACCACUUCAAGCGCAGCACACUGCCUAUCCCCCCCAGUUCCAGCCACAGUCAUCGUUCGGUCAGGCCACUCAGGCCAAUGUGAACAGCUACCUACCGCCGGCCCUUGAACCACAAAGAACGGGAAUAGCCCCCAUACAACAGCUACCGACUUCUACUUUCAACUCUUUCAACCCCCAAGUUCCUCAUGCUCUCCAGCCGCAGAAGACGGGGCCACCACCACCAGUACGUUUCGGCGUUACCGAGACUAAGAAAUUAACCGCCCAACCGACUGGGCGCCGAGCAAACUUGUCUCAAGCAACUCCCCAAAACCCAUUUGGCUUCUGA